CAAUUACAGUAUGAAACUAUACCACAAAGGAGUAGAAAGGAGUCAAGCGAGUGUUGUGAGAUUAUCGUGUGUAGUUACAUGUGAACAAAACUAACCGUAUCGCUUUAGGAGGACAUCGAUGUAUUUGUUAUUUAAAUGUAUUACUCGCAAUAGAUAUGACGGAAAUGUUUUCAACUCUUUAUGGGCAAAAUGAAGCUCAGGGACCUCCUGGAUCGUCUCUGGGAUUUGGACCUGGAAAGCCACCACCCCCUGUGCCGCCAAACCAAGUCCCGAUCUCGGCCCAGAUGCCACCUCAGCUCGGGGAUGAGGGGCCUGUUCUACGGAAGCCGGGAGCCAUGAACGAACCUUUUUAUUUACUGCGAGAACUACCAGUGGGCAAUGAGCUGACUGGCAACACCAACCUCAUUACCCAUUACAACCUGGAGCACGCUUACAACAAGUUCUGUGGCAAGAAGGUCAAGGAGAAGCUCAGCAACUUUCUGCCAGAGUUACCAGGUAUGAUAGACUGGCCUGGUACCCAGGAUGGCAGUUCAUUGCGCUCUCUGAUAGAGAAGCCUCCAGUGUGUGGCAACUCCUUCAGCCCUCUGACUGGAGCCAGCCUCACCGGCUUCAGACUGCACACCGGACCGCUACCGGAGCAGUACCGACUGAUGCACAUCCAGCCUCCAAAGAAGAAGAGCAAACACAAGCACAAACACAACCGACCACAGGAUCCCAUACCGCAAGAGACCCCCUCAGACUCUGACCCCAAGAAGAAGAAGAAAAAAAGGGAUGAGGACCCCGACCGCAAGAAGAAAAAGAAGGACAAGAAAAAGAAGAAGAACCGCCACAGUCCGGACCACCCUGGCCUGGCUGGCUCGCAGCCCAACAGCCUACGAUAGACCAGACCGAGACAACAAGUGUGUGUGUGUUUGAGAGAGAAGCUGUGUGUGAGUGUGUUUAGAAGAAUUAGGAAAUGUUUAGGAGAGUAUGUAUGCAGAUACGACAGAUUAUGCUUGUGUGAGAGGGAGGGAAAAACAUGAGUCUAUGUAUGUCAUGUGAGUGAGAAACGUCAAAAGAGUGUGUUUGUGGUAGAUUUUUAAUAUUGUUCGAGGCCACUGAUGUUCUCAAUGAGUGUAUAUUAGGUGUCCCCUUUUUCAUUUGGUUGUGAUAUUUUCGGACUACAUUAUAUUCCAAUAAACUUUGGUUAUUGUC